CACCCAUCUAUCCUCUUCUCUGCGCUGUUCAUAACUGUAGUGUUUGUAGCUCGGUUAGUGUUAGAUCUGUAUCCAUAAGCUGUCUAAAAGUUAAGUGUAAAAGCAGCGUUUCUGUUAGUGGAUUUGCGAGGGAACUGAUUUUCUUCACUUUGAUUCAUCGAUUCGUUGCUUCACUGGUUCUUUCAUGUGUCUCUGAUGAAGUCAAGCACUAAAGUGCAGCAGAUGAAUCUUGUGGCGUUUUUCCAGAUGACAGGAGCGUCACUGACACACCAGACGCUGCGCAGACGACAAUAACUCGUGUGUGUGUGUGACAUGAGUCACUGCUGUCACAGUAACAGAACAUUUAUAAGCAGUUGCAACAUGAAAAAAACUUGUUUUUAUUAAUUACUGUAAUUCUGCUUCAGUCUAAUUCAGGUAAGUGUGUGAGAGAGAAAUAUUUAUGACAGUGAAAAGACACUAAGACAGAAUGUCAUUACACACACACACACUGGCAGGUUGGUGACUAUAAAUGGAAGUGGUUUGCGGGUCCGGUGAUGUUCACACACACGGGCACUGGCGGCUCUGCACAUGUCGUCCAUCACACUUGUGGCACAGACAGCUGGACUAUAAACAGGAAUAAACGGAUGGAAACAUCAGUACUUUAAAACAAACAGGGUUUACGUGGGUCAAAGUUCACUUACAGAUGUCUGAAGCAAUGGCUGAGGAAAGACUUACGGCAGAACAAACAGAAACCUGUGAAAAAACAACAUCCAAAGUGUCGGAUUACUGUGGUAAACUGCUCCGCUUAAAACCACAUGGCUUUACUGCCUCCGUCAUCACUAAAGCUCUGUUGGGGCUGCUGCUGUUCGGGGUGGUCUGGUCCGUGACGGGGUCCGCGUGUCUGCCGGGACAGAACCUCUUCGGCCUGGUGAUUCUGCUCCUGUCGGCCGUGUGCGGAGGAAAACUCAUCAGCGUCUUCAGAUUACCCAGAACCCCUCCAAUACCAGCUCUACUGGGGAUGCUGCUGGCCGGUGUGGUGUUGCGUAACGUGCCGUACAUCACAGACGCUGUGUAUAUUGAUCAGAACUGGUCUGCGGCUCUGAGAAACAUAUCUCUCGCUGUGAUUCUCACCAGGGCUGGUCUGGGACUCAAUGCUGCUGCCCUGCGGCGUUUGAAGGCGGUGUGUGUGCGUGUUGCUGUGGGUCCGUGUCUUACGGAGGCGUGUACGGUGGCUGUAGUGUCUCAUUUUCUGCUGGAAUUGCCCUGGAUAUGGAGCUUCAUGCUCGGUUUCGUUCUGGCCGCCGUCUCUCCGGCCGUGGUGGUUCCGUCCAUGCUGCUCCUGCAGUCGGACGGGUUUGGUGUUCAGAAAGGAGUUCCAACACUCCUGAUGGCUGCUGGGAGCUUCGACGACAUCCUCGCCAUCACUGGAUUCACCACAUGCCUGGGCAUCGCCUUCGGAACCGGAUCCACGUGGAUGAACGUGCUUAAAGGAGUUCUGGAGGUGCUGGCAGGAGUUCUGGCAGGAGGAGUCAUGGGACUUCUGCUCCAUUUCCUGCCCAGCGAAGAUCAGUCAGAUGUGGUGUUGCGGCGCUGCUGUCUGCUCUUGGGUCUGUCCGUGUUCAGUGUUUUCGGCAGUCGUGCGGCGGGUCUGGGCGGUGCCGGCGGUCUGUGCACACUCGUCCUGGCCUUCAUCGCUGGACUCAGCUGGAAAGAGCAAAAGGCUCCAGUGGCGGCGGUGGUGGGCAGGUUCUGGGACGUCUUUCAGCCGCUCUUGUUUGGUCUGAUUGGAGCAGAAAUCAACAUCUCGUCUCUCAGCGCUUACACUGUCGGUUUGGGUGUCUCCUCUCUGUGUGUGGGUUUGCUGGUCCGUGUUUUGGUGACGUUCUGUGUGGUUCUGUUUGCUGGUUUUAAUAUGAAGGAGAAGAUCUUUAUAUCUCUGGCUUGGAUGCCCAAAGCUACAGUACAAGCAGCUAUCGGCUCCACGGCGUUGGACAUGGCCCGCAGUGUUGGAGAUGAGCAGCUACAGAAUUAUGGGAUGGAUGUUCUGACUGUGGCCGUUCUUGCGAUUCUCAUCACGGCACCGAUCGGAGCGCUUGCCAUCGGCCUCUCCGGACCCAAACUACUGCAGCAGGAAACACACACGCUGGAUGGCGCUCGUGUCGACGGUCUGGAAUCCAAACUCUGAAUCUCAUCGUGCUUCUAUGAGUCUGUUUCGUUCACACUAAAUCUUUAUUAAUACUGUUCUGCCUGUCUGUGACAGCAACAUUCUGUGCAAUAAAAC